CCAUGUUUGUUUGUGCCGGUGUGUGAUUCGAUCGCAAAUCUGACUGCGUGGAAUCAACAUGAAGCGAUUGUUUCACUUUCUACUCGUUCUUGGUCUGGCCAGCAUCCCAAGCUGUACAGGUCAAGCCUCGCAGAAGUCCCCUCUGAAGGAGAUCACCGUCGCUGAGCUCAAGUUACGAGCCAUCGAUGAAGUCAAUGCCGCCGACUGGUCUUCGGGAUUCGAGAGUGUAACUUAUCCCAACAAAGCUAGUCCUCUGACCAUCACCGACGACCAGCGAUUCCAGAUGAGCUUCGCGAUCCGAGACUCCGACAGAGUAGAUCAGCAGCCGCAUCAAGUUUUCGUGCGGAUCGCAUCAGCAACCAAAGAGCUUAUACUAGUUCCCUUCGUCGACAGUCUGAAGUUCUUUAAGCUGGACUUCGAUCUCAAGAGUAAAGCAGGACAGCUCGACAACGCUUCUGGUCGCUAUGAAGUCUCGCUGAUUGUAGGCGACGCAAAAGUGAAGCCUAUUCUUUGGACAAUCGCUAACGUCCACCUGAAGUUCAAUGGAGAACCGAUUCGAAUUCCGGAUUACUACGAGCAGAAGCCGGAGAUCGUUCACAUGUUCCGUGAGCCGGAAAAACGCCCUCACGUCUUCGUCUCGAACGUUUUCUCGCUGGCGGUCGUAUUGCUGUUCGUCGUGAUGCUCCUGCUCUGGACUCGAGUCGGCAUCUCCUUCGGGAAUGUCACCGCAUCAUCGCUACUAUUCCAAGCGUCUCUCGCAGUCAUCCUCUACAUUGAAUAUUUGUUCUACCUCGGUAACGAUAUGUUCACCACGUUACGAUACCUCACCUGGGCAGCACCGUUCGCGCUGUUUUUCGGUAGGAGAAUGCUAGCUCAUCUCGCGAAAAUUGAGGAACAAUGAACAUGGUAUUCAAGGCAGAGAGUGAUUUCGGUCGUGAGGACUGUGGACCAGAGUCAACAGAGCUGUAAAGAUUUUGUUAAAUAAGACACUUUUAUUCAAACUCGAAGCGAGAAUGGUAAAUUCGCCGAAUUCCUAGAAUUCUAUAUUUAUGUCAGCGUGGAGGGUGGAGUGUGAUGAAUGUUAUGCCGGGGUGAAAACUUGGAAUAAAUAUAUCAUCCAUCUGAA